CCAUGAGGCAUUGCGCAACCGUUUCAAAGUGGCAGGGGGAAGGGAAGCCGAGAUUGGAGCAGAGAGAGAAGCUAGAGGAUGGGAGGUAAAUGGGCUGUGAUGAAGGGAGACGUGAUGUUGGUUACGUGAUCUGCAGCUGGAGACUCGUCACGACUCCUGCCAUGGAAAGAGAUGUGGCGGUGCCAGUCUGCAUAGAGAGCUUCAGUGAUUUUGUUCAAGAAUGGGAACAGACUGAUGAUCAAACUAAUGGUCACUCCAAGCACACGCUGAUGUGUAACGGCAUCACGGACACCAGCAGUAUCAACGGCAACUCGUAUAUUAAAUCUGUACCGAUUUCAGCUCUGAAGCAGAAUGGUCUCCUACAGUCGCUGUCUUCUGGUGCAGAGCAGACUGGAACAGAAGAGGUGGAGGUGGACUCGGGGCUGGAGCGUGCUCAGCAGGAAUGGGACGCCCUCGAGAGCAUCCAACCUGUUCCAGUUGAAGAUCUCACUCCCUCCGCUCUGAUUUCCUUCAACGAGGCCCUGCAGCACUUUCAGACCACAGAUCUAGGAGACCUGCUGAGGAACAUCCAGCCUACCACUCGCAGGACGGGAUUGGCUGCCAUCACACACUUCCUGUUCGGGCCGCCUCGGUUACUCAGAGAGCUGGUGGAGGAGCGAGACCUGGUGUUCGCCAUCGCACAGUGUGCUCUUGAUAACACUCAGCACAUACACAUGCGCACGCUGCAGACCAUCUACCGCAAACUCACAUGCACGCGAGCAGACUGUCCUCGCUACGGGCCGCACUGGGAGAACAUCGGCUUCCAAGGUUCGGAUCCCGCGACAGACCUGAGAGGAACAGGAUUUCUGGGACUCAUGCACACUCUGUAUUUGGUGAUGGACCCCGAAACGUUACCGCUCGCCAGAGACAUUUACAGACUCUCUCAGCAUCCUGUACAGAAUUUUCCAUUCAGCGUGAUGUCCAUCAACAUGACCCGCAUCGCCCUGCACGCUCUCAGGGAGGAGGUGCUGUCCAAGGAGUGUAACCGCCGGCAGCAGGUGGUCGGGGUGCUGAACGACUUCUAUGUGGCCACGUUCCUGCACUUGUAUGAACAGUGGAAGAACCAGAAGAAGACCAUCUCCGACUCCGGCUACGUGCUCAAAGAUGUGGAGCUGUACGCCAAGAGGAACCCGAAGCAGCUCCUCAAGCGCCUUCACUGCUUCCUGCAGGAGAGACAGGCCAGGACCGACCAGCACACCUCGCCCGACCUGCUGACCCACAGCAAUCGUUCCCUCAGUGAAAGCGAGUCCCAUCAGGGAGCCAAGCAGGGCAAGAUGCACUUCACAGGAGUGUGUGAACUUCCUCCUGAGAUGGAAGGAGAGGCCCGACUCAUCUGAGACCCACAAGGAGGGGCGGCGUGUAUGAUUUAUAUACAUACGUAACCCUCCCUGUCGGACCCUCGGUCUGUUCUUGACCUUGUGCUGAGAUGCUAGAGGUUCUGAGAUGUAUUUUUCAGACCCGUCUGUAUAUUUUGGGUGUGCAUAAGGACACAGACAAGAUACGAUUGGACGGAACGUCCUAACAGAGCUCCACACUGAGGUUCCUGAGGUAAAAUGGCACUCGUUUUCCCCCUAGAUUCAGCUACCAGGCUGCUGAUGAAGGUCGAGGCUCCUGUAGACAUUCAAAUUUAGUCUGAUUAGUCUCGAAUGAGCGUGUUAUUAAAUAAAACUCUGUAUCCAGACA